AUGGCAUAUUAUGCUUAUAUGGAAGCCAUUCAUACGUGGCAAUUAAGGACUAUUGUUGACAACCACAACUGUAGUAGAGAGCACAAACUAAGAAUACUUAAUGCAAAAUGGCUGAGUAAGAUGUUGGAAAAAACUGUUAGAGAAAAUCCCAAAGUAAAGGGAGAGGAAAUUCGUGAGAAGAUAAAUAGAAAAUGGAAUGUAGGUGUAUCUAGAUGCAUGGCUUAUAGGGCAAAGGCCAUUGCUUCAGACCAUGUUGAUGGGUCUUUCAAAGAUCAAUAUACAAGGAUUUAUGAUUAUGCGAAUGAGCUCCUAGCUCGUAAUCCAGGAUCCACAGUAAAGGUCAAAGUUGAAGAGAAUGAGGAUGGACACAUUUUUAGGAGGUUUUAUACUUUUCUGAAGGCCUACAAGGAUAGUUUUGUGUCCUGCAGGCCAAUUAUUGGGCUGGAUGGUGCUUUUCUGAAAGGAAAAUAUGGUGGUGAAAUGUUAAAUGUUGUUGGUAGAGACGCAAAUGACCAAAUGCUACCUCUUGCGUAUGCCAUGGUGGAAGUAGAGAACAAGGAUACUUGGAGAUGGUUCCUUGAACUUCUCGUUGAAGAUCUCGGUGGGGAGGAAGGACUAUUGCAAGUUGUACAAGAAGUGGUCCCUGGAGUUGAUAAACGUUUCUAUGUUAGGCACCUAUAUGCAAAUUUAAGGAAAAAAUCCCCUAGGAAACAACUAAAGCGUACUGGUCACGAUCAAGAUUUACCAGCAAACCUCAAUGUGAUACUUUGGAAGUGGGCUAUCACUGGCAUACCGUGCUGCUACUCCUUGGCUGCUAUGAAAUUCCUAAAUCUAGAUGCAGAGAACUUCAUUCCAUGUUGCUUUAGGAAGUCAACAUAUGAAGAAAUAUACUCUUUAAUUGUGUAUCCAAUAAAUGGUAACAAGAUGUGGGAGAUUACCACAUAUGUUGAUGUCCUCCCUCCACCAAAAAUAAUAUUGCCUGGGAGACCAAAGAAGAAGCGAAGGUUGGAGCAAUGA